AUGCGCAGUCACAUGGCCCUGGACUGGAUCAUGAAGGAGAAGGAGUCACCAGGAAUCCUCUCUCAAGAGCUACGGAUGGCCCUGAGGGAGUUGGAGGAAGCCAGGAAAGCGGGACAGAACUGCGGUUUACAAAGAAAAGAAAGAAUCCUUAGUUUAGCCCUGACUCAGAUCUACAGUGAUCUUGACACCUCCUCACCCAGUGAUGAUCAGCUGAGCCUAACGCCCUUUGUGGUUACCACUAGCAAGCCAAGUCCCGCUGCCCCGAGCUUGGCAGAGGCCGGACUAACAUUAGAAAGCUCAGUGAAGGAGGUCCAUCCCAGGCUUUAGCAGCUACAGCUACUACCUGAAGGCUGUACUAAUUUUUCCCAUCCAUUCCAUUCACAGAAUUUGAGAGUAGUAGGACCCUUACAGGACCCAACGUCCCAAUCGAUGCAAUUUUCCCAUCAUGCUUUCAAGACUUCCGCCUCUUACUGAAGGAUGGAGGAAAGCUUGUUGGAAAAAUAUUUUCCCGGUUUGGCUUCAGCCUAAAGCCCUGGUGACAUGUGCCUUGCUAGAUUCUAUGUGUUGUUAUAACAAUGGGCCAGUGUAGCAUCCCCCAAAAGAACAUCAGCCAUCAUUGGGGAAAGGAGCAUGAUAGCAAUUUUUUUAAAAACUUGGGAUUAAAUAAACAAUAUA